UCCAGAAAAAAUGGCGUCGCGUCAGCGUACUUCCAGUUUCUGUUCAAGUGUCAACCUUUUGUUUAAUAAACAGAACCCGAAUUUAUGAAAAAAACUGAAGAUAAUUGCUACGAGUUGCAAAGAUGGUCACGGUGGAAGCAGUUUCUCAGGGAUUUUUAACGUUUUGUUCAGCGAUGUCUCAAACCGUAGCAACAGUUUGUGAAAUAGUUCAUUAUGUUGUGUAUACGAACUAUCAAGUUAUGUCGACAGUUUGUCACUACGCAUCCUUGAUCGUCACAACACUUGCUUGGGCGUUAGAGAGGAUCAUCUGCGGAACAAUGGACGUAGGACAUCACAUCUUUGACUUCGCAACAGAUUUAUUUGGAUGUUUCUGCACUCUGUGUGCCCUUAUUUGGAGAAUACUGUUGCUGUUGUACAAAGUUGUUUGUUUUGUUUUGACUGGAAUUGAAACAAUUGCAGUGUGCAUAUGGACAGGGAGCUAUGUGACACUGACAACCUUAAAACAUUCUGCAACAGAUGUUAUUGAAACAUGUGGAUCUACUUGGAACUAUGGCAUUGACAUGUCCAAAAACUUUGUCGACACCAUCUUUGGAGGUUUCUCAAUGAUUGGAACUUUGACAGUAUCUAUUGUGAAAGGUGUCUUCAGUGGCCUUGGGUAUGGGUUUGCAUCCUUACUUGAGUGUGCGUGGAAAUUCAGAGACAAAUUGUGCAAUGCCUGGGACAAUGUGACGACAAAUCUCUCUGAAACAUUUACUUUCUCCAAGGAAGUAUACCUGGGUAUUCUCUUGUGUUGUAUAUUGUAUGUCAUUAUAUCCGAGCUGUUCAAGUUUUUUCAGAACAGAGGCUUUUCAUUCUUGAGUUGGUGGCGGCGAAGAGUGAGAAGACAUCCACGAAGACCACACAAUUUAUAUGAUAUUGAUAAUGACUUUGAGAGUGACUAUGAAUUUGAUGAUCAAGACUAUGAAAGUGAAGAGAAUGAAUAUAUCAGUGACGACAAUGACACGCUGACUGGCGGUAGUGAUGAUGAAGAUGGAAGUGAUGUAGAUUCAGAUGGAGAUGAUGAAGAUGAUGAUGAAAGUGAAGGGUCUUUGAAUUCUCAAACGUUUUCCUCAGAUGAUAGUGACCAUGAAAUCGAAGUGGAGCUCCCUGCACCAUCUGAGCGGUACAGUUUACGAAGUCGGUCGUCCACACCAAGCAGGGCGCAGAAGUUGGAAAUGAGCACUCAAGACUUUGAAAUGGAAAUUGAACGAGAGAAAGACAAGAGGAAAUGUGUUGUUUGUCAAGAUCAAACUAAAUCAGUUCUCAUUUUGCCAUGUAGGCAUAUGUGUUUGUGUGUAGACUGUGCAAAUCGAAUUGUCCGAUCUCGAUUGAUAGAAAGACGUGUGUGCCCAUUAUGCAGACAAAGAAUUCAGAAGGUUAUGGAUGUGUUUGUGUGAAAGAAAGCUUGAACAUUCUCAUCAUGCCUACUGCGAAUGAAUCUUUUUUAUAUCUUCAUACUCAUCACUUUUGAGGUAUUGGGGUUUAGAACUUAUGAUGUGAUAAGACCACUAGUCUGAGAGCAGUCUGAGAAGGAAGGUGUGACAUUUCCCUGUAGACUACUAUGUUACCAUUAGCUAGAUGUCAAUUUUGUAGGAUAAUAACAAAUUAGAAAUAGCAGAUAAUUUCAAGCUUUGUCCUACAGUUCAUAUUGGCAAUUUUGUUGCAAUCCAGUAAACUUGUGAAAGAGUGAGUGAGUUAGGUUUUACGCCGUUUUUAGCAAUAUUCCAGGAACAUCACGGCAGACUUGUGAAAGAAGGGUACAUUGAAAUCAUGUAGCGUUGCAACAAUACCACAUGUUUUGUUAAUGUUUGCUGCCUGGAAUCACAUAAAUAUGAAACAACCAGUCCAGGGAUACUUCAAUCAAUCUCACAGGUAUGCUACAUUAGUCAGGAUUGGCCAGCAGCCUGUAUAUUUGUUAAACCCUGCUACUUUCUCCCCUCAUAUCAUUUGCCAUGUCUUCAACAAGUCAGCCAUUCAUAUCAGUAGUAAUUUAGUAUUUACAUGCAGAUAUUUAUUGCUAAGCAACAGCUUCAUGAUGUUCAUAAUUAUCAGGAUGCUUGUAAUGUGUACAAUUAAUAUGUUUACCAUCAGAAACCUUGCCAGUAGGAACUUCAGCAAUUUGACAAGUUCUCUGAACCAUCUGAUUCACAAGAAUAAUGACAAUUAUUAUGGGUAUACAACUUCUUUUAUUCUGUGGAGGCGACGUUUC